AUGUUUGUAUUGUCCAAAUCUGAAGUUCAUAAACUAUUCCAAUCACUGAUUCAAAUGCAAACGAAUGACGACCGUUUAACUUUUCUAUUACCAAGACCUGUCUGGGUCAACGAUAUGGACGUCGCUUAUUGUUCUUCCUGUAACGCUUCUUUUGGACCUCUGAAACGAAGACACCACUGUCGAAGCUGUGGAAAUAUAUUUUGUCACGACUGUUCUAGUAAAAGUGUUCCUUUGCCGCAAUUAGGUUAUGGUACGAAGGCUGUUAGAGUAUGCAAUGGAUGUUUUGACGUUGCUUACCUAGUCACCUAUGCCAUUGAUGAAGAUCAUGGACUUUCAACACAGAUGCACGGUGUUAGAGGUCUUUUAGAACUCACUGAAAAAGAUAAUGAAAAGGAGUUACAUAAUAUGGUUGCUUACGGUGGAGUGGAUGCUCUUAUAUGGCUUUGUCGUGCUUCUACAAGUACCCAUUUACAUCAUUUAGUCACAACCGUAUUGGCACUAUUGGCCGAGAAAGAAUCCAUUCGCCCAGUUAUCAUCACGAAAUGGGCAGUACCACCCCUCUUAUUCCUGAUACAACAGUAUACUGCUAUUCUUACCAGUAACAGCAACGACAAUAGCAAUAGUAGAGAGAACAAUAAUUGUACUUCCCCCAGCAGAGCUAAUGUCAGCGAGAAAAGAUUAAAAGCACGGUCAGAAAUAACAUCUGAGACUUAUACCCACCAGCAUCCUGUGCACUCUUCCGCUUCAUCCUCAACUACAUCAUUUACCGAUACCCAUAUCAAGCAUAGUAUCCUGUUAGAAACAAUCAUUAAUUGCACGCAUGUACUAUAUCAAUUAUCAAGGGCUGGAAUUUUGAGUCAGAAAGAAGUAUUUAAGGAAGGUAUAUUGGCUAUUCUCUUUGAGUUGUCCGCCUUCGGCUCAAAAUUACAACCAUUACAGCUACAAGCAGCAGAAGGGGCCAACAAUGAUAGUGAAGAUAGCAAUAAUGACCAACAAGAACAGCAACAACAACAGCAAAGGCAGCAGAUUCAAGAUCGUAUCAAUAUAAUACAAGGCCUUGCUGCCAAAUCAAUUUCAUGUAUUAGUUCGAUCAUUGCAUUUCAAACCCAUAUUAUCGAAUACAUUGUGCAGCCUGAGAAUCGUUCUAAUGAUAAACUGGCCAAUUUGUUAAGAGCGAGCCACGAGGAAGUACAGAAAUACAUGGCAAAAACAGUAGCUUAUCUAUCACUUAAAAAUGAUAAAUACAAACCGAUGCUAUUAGCGGAAGAACGUGCCAAAGCAUUAGUUUUUAUUAUAGCCAUGUUGCCAAUGAAACUUGACGAUGUUGAGUCCAAAGAAUGGAAAAAGAAGGAUUUGAGUUAUUACUCGGGGCACAGCUAUAAUGGCGAAGUAAAAUCAGUGGCGGAAAAGUUAGACCAUCAACAAAAAGCCUCACCUCAACCUUCAACAAGGCAGCACCUAAACUCUGCGCCUGUUUCUCACGUUUGUUGUGCUUUAGCAAACUUUGCUACGAACAAUGAAUCUCAGGAAAUAUUGAUGUCGCAACCGCACGUGCUGGCCUAUCUUUGUAAUGUAUUCCAUGUCUUUCCUAAUCAACCAGAAAUUCAUAAGCAUGUUGCGAGAUGUUUGGCUAACUUGGCACUUUAUGAGGCCAACAAUGAAGCUAUGCUUUGGACAAAUAAAGCAAAACAGAUUGAAAAUAAAAAGAAAAUUAGCGGAAAGGAUGGAUAUAAUGUUCUCCCAACUUUACUCAUGAUGGGCAAAUCAACCUCCAAAUCAGAGGUUCAGCGUCAUAUUGUUAGAGCAGUGGACAACUUAAACAGCAAUUUGCCGCUAAGUGAGAAUGAUACAGUUCCUUUGCAUCUGAAUGCUUUAUUCAGUGACGCAUAUGAUUUUAUUGACACCAUUUUGACCAAUACUUAUAAAGAAGAAGAGGAACCCAAAGAUGCUGACAUGAUAAAACGAGCCAAGAGUAUUAUGGCACGACGGAAGAGUCUUAUGGAGCAGUCGGAUACACCUUCUGCGAGCCAUACAAGCCCAAUUAUGGAUGAUGAUCAGGAGCCUACCUCAUCACCUUCCACUACAAAGGAUUGUAAAAGUAGCGAAAUACUAGAAGAAAAAAAGGAUGUAUCAGAAGUCGACGAUGAAAUUGUUAAUAGCGCCGACAACAGUUGCAAUACGAACAGUAAAGAAGAAAACGAGCAACAUUCAGAAGAAACAGGCGCUGCAGCUGAACUGACGAUUACAACAUCGUCGUCUUCUCUUUCCUCAGCAUCCAAGGAUAGUAAGUACUUUAGCGAGGACGAAGCCAAAGACAACGAUAAUAACAAAAAGGAGGUUGGGAGCCAACAUCAAGAACGGCCAACGGAAAAGAAGGCAGUAACACCACAAAAGGCUUCUAACAACAAAAAGCGAAAAUCUAAAAAACAUAAGUAA